AGGGCGCAUGCGCAGUGGAGCCGCGCCACGUGAGGCGGAAGCGGAGGCUAAAGAUGGCGGCGGAGACUCGAGAGAGGGAAGAGCAGGGCGGGCCGGCCGUGUUCUUCCUGCACCCGGACUUGGGCAUUGGGGGCGCCGAGCGGCUGAUUGUGGACGCGGCGGUCGCGCUGCGUUCGCGAGGCUGCCGCGUGCAGAUCUGGACGCCGCGCUUCGACCCCUCGCGCUGCUUCUCGGAGGCGCUUCAGCUGGACGUGCGGACGGCCGGGGGCUGGCUGCCGCGGAGCAUCCUGGGAAGGGGCCACGCGCUCUGCGCCGCGCUCCGCAUGGUCUGCCUCGCGCUGCACGUGCUGCUCCUCAGCGGAGAGGCGCCCGACGCCUUCGUCUGCGACCAGGUGUCUGCCUGCAUUCCAGUCCUCCGCCUUUUCCGGACCCGCAAAAAGGUUUUGUUUUACUGUCACUUUCCUGAUCAGCUCCUAACAAAGAGGGAAUCUUUUAUUAAGCGUCUCUAUAGAGCGCCAUUGGAUUGGUUGGAGGAGUAUACAACUGGCCUGGCGGACUGUAUUCUGGUCAACAGUUGUUUCACAGCAAGCAUUUUCAAAGAAACCUUCAAAUCAUUGUCUCAUUUGAAUCCAGAUGUCUUAUAUCCUUCCUUGAAUUUCAGUAAAUUUGAUACCGUUGUUUCAUCCGACGUAGCUAGCAUAGUUUGCAAAAGGAGAUUCCUGUUUCUUUCCAUCAACAGGUAUGAAAGAAAGAAAAACCUAAUAUUGGCUUUGGAGGCCUUGCAUGAACUUCGUAGUAGACUUGAUGCUCACGAAUGGAGUGAAACUCAUCUGGUUUUAGCUGGUGGAUAUGAUGAAGCAGUUCAGGAAAAUGUGGACUAUUAUGAAGAAUUGAAAGCUGUUGCUGCUAAACUUCAUGUUGAAGAGCAGGUCACAUUCUUGCGAUCAUUCUCUGAUGAACAGAAAAUUGCUCUUCUUAGUAGCUGUAUUUGUGUGCUGUAUACACCAAGUAAUGAACAUUUCGGCAUUGUUCCUUUAGAAGCAAUGUACAUGAAAUGCCCGGUCAUUGCAGUAAAUUCCGGGGGACCUUUGGAAUCCAUUGUAAACAAUCAGACCGGUUUCUUGUGUGAGCCUCUUCCAACCCAGUUUGCAGAAGCCAUGGAGAAAUUUGUGAAGAUUCCUGCUUUAAAGAGAACAAUGGGAGCUGCAGGAAGAACCAGAGUUCUGGAAAGGUUUUCCUCAGAAGCAUUCACUGAAAAGCUAUAUCAGUAUAUUCAUAGUUUAAUGCAAUAAAAAUUAAGGUAUUAUGUAAUGUUGGUCUGUAAUGUCUAAUUUUAAUAGUCUGAGCUAAACACUGUGAAUGGUUUAAACUGGACGUACUUUCACUGACUACAGUGUUCCCUCACUUAUUGGGGGGUUCCGUUUUAGGACCACUCGCAAUAAGUGAUAAUCCGCGAAGUAGGGGCGCUAUAUUAAUUAUAAUAUUUAUAUAGCCAAAACAUGUAUACAGCCAAAAAUUGGGCCAAAGGCCCAAACAAACCCACUUCCAGCCACUAGAGAAACCAUUGCCGGACACAGGGAAGGCACGCUGCAGCCCUUUUGAAGGCUCCUGAGGGUGGCCAGCCCAGCCAAUCGAGAGAGAGCAGGGUCCGUCCCCCAUUGACUGGCUACUCCACUGGAAUUUUUCCCGCUGCCGAGGGGGCAGCUGGGAAGAACCCCCCUCUGACACCUUUACGAUGGAAAAAAGGCAAGGCGGGAGGCAGGGAAGGCGAGGAGGAGGAGGAGGAUGGAUGUGGGGGUGCUGGUCUCACCUCGGGCCGCGCAGGGAGAACCUCAGGGGCCGCGCAGGAAAAACACGAAAUAGCGAGUCUGCAGUAAGCGAACCGCGAAGCGGCGAGGGAACACUGUACACCUGUGUGAAUUAUUUGACCAAAUCCCAUUCUGCAUGUAAUGAAAUACUUGAAUAACAUACUUGAAUGGUUUUAUGAAAUUUGGAUAAUUUUGUUUACAUGAUUUGUUGAAAAGAAAUAAAAAGAUUAAAAUGUU